UCUGCCUCCGCGGCGUACAUUUUCUUCUUUUCUUUUUCUCCUUGAGUGGUUCUUUUGCUUAGCAUCGUUCUUCAAUCGCGCGACUUACUGAUUUUGACACUUUUCUUGAAUUUUAUAUCAUUUCGGUGUCGUGUGUGGUAAGGCAACACACAAAUACUCUAAGUCAUGGCCUCCACCAGCCUCAUGUUCGCUCGAAGGCUGAGCACGUCGUCCGUCACUCGAGAAAUGAUCAAGGCUCCAAUUCAGGUGUUUGGCGUCGAGGGCCGCUAUGCGUCUGCGCUCUACUCGGCCGCCUCAAAGAACAAGCAACUGGAAAAGGUGGAGAAGGACCUGAUCGAGGUACAGGCCCUGCUGAAGAGCGACGUGCCGUUCCGCGAGUUCGUGCUGAACCCGACGCUGAAGAAGGAGGCCAAGCGGCAGGCGAUGGAGGUGGUGGCCUCCAAGAAGAAGACGACGGACGCCACCAAGAACCUGCUGGUGCUGAUGGCCGAGAACGGCCGGCUGACCCACCUGGACGCCGUGGCCGCUUCCUUCCGCACCCUGAUGGCCGCGCACCGCGGCGAGGUGGUGUGCGAGGUGACCACGGCCAAGGAGCUGGACGCCGCCGGCAAGAAGGAGCUCGAGGCCGCGCUCCAGGCCUUCCUGAAGAAGGGCGAGGUGCUCAAGUACUCGACCAAGGUGGACCCGGCCCUCAUCGGUGGCAUGGUGGUCACCAUCGGCGACAAGUACGUCGACAUGUCGAUCGCCUCCAAAAUCAAGAAGUACACGGCGGCCAUUUCGUCGGCCGUGUAGCGGCCGGGACGGCGGGCUGCGCGCCCAUAGACGGCAGGCGUGUGAGUGUUUACCGUGCAAUGUGACCUGUUGUGCGCCCGUGCCGCACGCAGCCUCAAUACAGCUGGGGGCCGGGCA